AUGAGCAAUUUCCACGCCCGCAAAUCUAAAAUCCUAUCCCUCCUCUCCGUCCCGCCGGAGGAAUACGAUGAUCUGUCGCCGAAAGGCAGUAUCGAUACUAACAUCCGGGAGCUGAUUGAUGAGGUUAAUGGAAGGGAGGGGUGGGUCACGACUAGUAGUUGUGGAGGGAGGGUGGCUGUGUUUUUGGAGGGGAGGAAAGCUGGGUCUAGGGGAGAUGAGGGCGAAGAAAAUCAGGAUGGAGAUAGUGGGAGAAAGACAAUUGCGGGGAUAGGAGGGAAGGGAGGGGGUGGUCGUUGGUUAUACGUCUCUCACGACCCUGUUAGUCUAGUUAAGGGUGAGAGUUGGGCGGAGAAAUUCGGUAUGCUACGGUCAUCAGACGAUAUACGAGGAGAUAAGAAAGCAGAGGACGUGAGAUUCGUGCGCUUUAAAUUCGAACCCAUGAUCCUACAUAUCCUCACCUCCUCCCCCACACACGCACAAACCCUCCUCACAGCCGCCCUGCAAUCCGGGUUCCGCGAAAGCGGCGCGCUGAAUCUGACGAGUGGGUGUCCGAUGGUGGGCGUGCGGUCGAUGGGGUUGGGCAUGGAGAGUGUGGUGGGCGUGGAACGGGAUGGGGUGUGUUAUUGUGUUGUGCCUGAGUGGCAGCUGCGUGAUCUGGUGGGGGUUGCGAAUGCGAGGUUUAGGGAGAAUGAGGGGAGGAUUGCGCGGUUUAGGGGGUUGUUGAUGGAGGGGAAGGGGAAAGAGGGGUGGGAGGAUGGGGAGAGUAGGGCGAGGAGGUUGAGGGGGGAGGGGUUGAGGAGACGGGAGGAGAUGAGGAGGGAGAGAGAUAUGGGGGAUAGGGAGGUUCAGGAUGAUGAGGGGUAUGAAAUUGAUUUGUUUAAUGGUUUUUGA